UCUAGGGUUUGUCGUUUAUUUGAUUUUCGAAUUUAGGGUUAGUUCUUGUAAAUUAGGGUUAGUUUACUACUGCAACCCUCUUAAUUUCGAUUUGGGUUCUCUGGGUUUGGGUUUCACUUUGGGGUUUUUCUGGAUUUGACUUUCUUUUAGGUAGUCAAUGGGGAGGCAGUUUCAUGGGGGGUUUAGGGGUUUCUUGGGUGGUCAGGGUGGCUGCGGUGGUCGAUUUUGACAGUUCAGAUUACAUUGAUUAUGGCACAUCUGGUAAAAUAGCAGGCUUCAUUGCUGAAACAAUUCAGGGUGUUGGAGGAGCAGUUGAAUUAGCUCCUGGAUAUUUGAAACUGGUGUAUGAUAUGGUACGUAAGGCUGGAGGAGUCUACAUUGCUGAUGAAGUUCAAACUGGAUUUGGUAGAACAGGGAGCAAGUAUUGGGGCUUUGAAACACAAGGCGUUAUUCCUGAUAUAGUGACAAUGGCAAAGGGAAUCGGCAAUGGCCUACCCCUUGGAGCAGUGGUGACCACACCUGAGAUUGCUAGCGUAUUGGCUCAGAAAAUUCAAUUUAAUACUUACGGAGGAAACCCGGUGUGCUCUGCAGGUGGUCUUGCAGUCCUGAGGGUGAUUGACAAGGAAAAACGUCAACAACACUGUUCUGAUGUAGGGACCCGCCGCCACUCACCCUUCGCCGGCCACCCUCCGUUUAAUUUCGUUAUGGGGAAAGGCAUGUUGGUUAUCAUUUCCGAUUCUAGAAAGCUCUCUUUUCUAACAUUUUGUAAUGAAAUGCACAGGUUCUUUCCAGUGACUCAUGUUCAACUUUCAAUUCCUGGCAACUCAAGACACCAGAUUAGUAGAAUGCUUGCUGUUGAUGCCUUGGUGGUGGAUGGUGCCAUGAUGUAAAUUCAUGCUUGGAGAGGGCUACUACUGAAAUUGGUUCCUCAAACUACAUGACUGAGAAUAACUUUACUGGGAUCCUAAGCAACAAUGAAUCCCUCAACCCAGACUUCUACAAUUGGAACCGCGUUAUGCUAUGAUACUGUGAUGGAGCUUCCUUUGCUGGCAAUUCCUUGUACGAAAAUGGGACCUCAUCGCUUUACUUUAGAGGGCAAAAAAUUUGGCAGGCAAUUAUUUCUGAUCUUCUUCCACCAGGGUUGGCACAUGCAAAGAAGGCUUUGCUUUCUGGCUGCUCGGCAGGGGGUUUAGCAGUGUUUCUGCACUGUGACAACUUCUCCAGGUCUCUACCUGGAAAUGCUUCUGUCAAAUGUAUCAGUGAUGCUGAUUUUUUCUUAGACGU